GGUGCCAAGGUCGAGCUCCACCCUCACGGUAUAAAAGUGUGGCACAUGGAAUCGCUGUCAUCAUUCACACCCCGACCUCCUCCUCCUCAAGAUGUUUACUAAGGCCGCCCUGGUUGUGGUAUUGGUGGGCGUGGUUCUGGCCGCCCCAGACAACCUGUACGGAGCUCCCCACCAGCAGUACAGGGAGGAACCCAAGCCGUACAAUUUCAACUAUGGUGUGAAGGACGACUACGCCGGCACCGACUUCAGCCAGAAUGAAGAAUCCGAUGGUAACACAGUCCAGGGCUCCUACACCGUCCAGCUCCCCGACGGCCGCAAGCAGACGGUGACUUACGUGGCUGACGACUACGGCGGCUACCGGGCUGAGGUCGAGUACUACGGUGAGGCUCAGUACCCCCAUGAGUACGGUCCCCCCAUCACCUUCAAGCCCCAGGCUUAUGGCCAGCCCUCAUACCAGCCUCCCCAGCCCUCAUACCAGCCCUCAUACCAGCCCCCGGUACCUUCUUACCAGUAAUCGUUAAACAACCCCAAACAUCACACCAACAUAAUACAAUAUAUCAUACCAGUAUAUACCUUUCCUUCAGUCUCUGUAUUCUAGGGCUACUCUGUAUAUAUUUAUUUACGAAAUAAAGGUUUAUUUGUAAAAA